AUGGAGUUUGAUAUUGAACAAGCAGCCUCUGACUUCUAUAAUAGAUAUGGAGGAAAAGAAGGGUUUAGCAUUAGGAGGCAGAGUUAUAGUAAGAAUAAAAAAACAAAUGAACUCACUUCAACGGUACUUGUUUGCUGUAAGAAAGGCAUUCGUGGCAAAGAUAAGAGGGAUUUCAUGUCUAGAAAACCUAGAGCAGAGACAAGAACAUAUUGUAAGGCAGAACUUCAUAUUAAAAUGAACAUGAAGAUUAAUAAGUUAUAUGUUACCAAUUUUGUUAAAGAGCACAAUUUUGCAGAAGAAUGUUCUCACAUGCUACCUUCACAGCAAAACAUACAAGAGUCUCAAAGCAUUGAAAUAGACUUGGUACAUGAUUCCGGAGUUGAUGUCGCAUCCCUGUAUGAGUUGAUGGGUAAGCAGGCAGGUGGAAGAGCUGCUCUUGGUUAUACAAUGAUAGAUUUAAAAAAUUACCUGAGAACAAGGAGGCAAAGAAGCUUGAAGUAUGGAGAAGCUGGAUAUAUUAAUAAAUAUUUCGAAGAUCAGGCAUUAGAAAAUCCUUCAUUCUACCAUGCUCUGCAAUUCGACAAUGAGGAGUAUUUAACAAACAUAUUUUGGGCAGAUGCUAAAAUGAUCCUUGAUUAUGGCCAAUUUGGGGAUGUUGUUAGCUUUGAUACAACAUACAAGAUUAAUAAAUGUAAUCGACCUCUCACUAUCUUUGUUGGAUUCAAUCAUCACCGUGAGACUAUUAUAUUUGGUGCAGCUCUUAUGUAUGAUGAAACAACUGAGUCAUUUAUAUGGUUGUUUGAGACUUUUUUGAAGGCAAUGUCGGGAAAGGCUCCAAAAAUAAUGUUCACAGAUCAAUGCGCUGCAAUGGCCAAGGCUCUUCCACAAGUUAUGCCUCAUACCUAUCAUAGGCUUUGCAAAUGGCAUAUGAUGCAAAAUGCUAUAAAGCAUGGAGCGAGUUUUUUGACAGACAAGGGUGGAAUCACAUGUAUUUUGUCAAGGUUUAUGGAGAAUAUUGAAGAUGAAGAUGAAUUUAUAUCAGCUUGGGAUGCAAUGGUUGAUGAAUAUGGUGCACGUGAUAAUACUUAG